UAGUGCACGUCCGGGGGGACUCGGAGACCGACCUGGAGGCUCUCUUCAACGCCGUCAUGAACCCCAAGACGGCCAACGUGCCCCAGACCGUGCCCAUGAGGCUCCGAAAGCUGCCCGACUCCUUCUUCAAGCCGCCGGAGCCCAAAUCCCACUCCCGACAGGCCAGUACCGACGCAGGCACUGCAGGAGCCCUGACUCCACAGCAUGUUCGAGCUCAUUCCUCUCCAGCUUCCCUGCAACUGGGAGCCGUUUCUCCUGGAACACUGACCCCCACAGGAGUAGUAUCUGGCCCAGCAGCUGCACCCACAGCUCAGCAUCUUCGACAGUCUUCUUUUGAGAUACCUGAUGAUGUACCUCUGCCAGCAGGCUGGGAGAUGGCAAAGACAUCUUCUGGUCAGAGAUACUUCUUAAAUCACAUUGAUCAGACAACAACAUGGCAGGACCCCAGGAAGGCCAUGCUCUCUCAGAUGAAUGUUACGGCCCCCACCAGUCCACCAGUGCAGCAGAAUAUGAUGAACUCAGCCUCAGGUCCUCUUCCUGAUGGAUGGGAACAAGCCAUGACUCAGGAUGGAGAAAUUUACUAUAUAAACCAUAAGAACAAGACCACCUCUUGGCUAGACCCAAGGCUUGACCCUCGUUUUGCCAUGAACCAGAGAAUCAGUCAGAGUGCUCCAGUGAAACAGCCACCACCUCUGGCUCCUCAGAGCCCACAGGGAGGCGUCAUGGGUGGCAGCAACUCCAACCAGCAGCAACAGAUGCGGCUGCAACAACUGCAGAUGGAGAAAGAGAGACUGCGACUGAAACAGCAAGAACUGCUUCGGCAGGAAUUAGCUCUCCGUAGCCAGUUACCAACACUGGAGCAGGAUGGUGGGACUCAAAAUCCAGUGUCUUCUCCCGGGAUGUCUCAGGAAUUGAGAACAAUGACAACCAAUAGCUCAGAUCCCUUUCUUAACAGUGGCACCUACCAUUCUCGAGAUGAGAGUACAGACAGUGGACUAAGCAUGAGCAGCUACAGUGUCCCUCGAACCCCAGAUGACUUCCUGAACAGCGUUGAUGAGAUGGAUACAGGUGAUACUAUCAACCAAAGUACCCUGCCCUCACAGCAGAACCGCUUCCCAGACUACCUAGAAGCCAUUCCUGGGACAAAUGUGGACCUUGGAACACUGGAAGGAGAUGGAAUGAACAUAGAAGGAGAGGAGUUGAUGCCAAGCCUGCAGGAAGCUUUGAGUUCUGACAUCCUUAAUGACAUGGAGUCUGUUUUGGCUGCCACCAAGCUAGAUAAAGAAAGCUUUCUUACAUGGUUAUAGAGCCCUCAGGUAGACUGAAUUCUAAAUCUGUGAAGGAUCUAAGGAGAUAAGACAUACAUACCUGAAAUUUCCAAAUAAGCCAGUUGCAAUUUUCUGGCUAAAACAGAAAAAGAUGAACAAACGUCCAGCAAGAUUCUUUCAUCCACUAUUUUGCUCUUCCUUGUCCAUUGCUGCUGUUAAUAUAUUGCUGACUUCUUUCACAGUUGGCUCUAAAGAAUCAAAAACAAACAAACAAAAAAACCUUUUUUGUUUCUUUUGCUAUUGUAACUACUGUUCAUUUUGGGGGCUGGGGGAAGUGAGCCUGUUUGGAUGAUGGAUGCCAUUCCUUUUGCCCAGUUAGAUGUUCAACAGUCGUUGUAACUAAAUACUCAGACUUGGAAGUCAAAUGCUUCAUGUCACAGCAUUUAGUUUGUUCAAGCAAUUGUUUCUUCAGCUGCCUUUGGCAAGUGGAAAAACAUGACUUACUGGUCUGACAAGCCAAAAAUGUUGUAUCUGAUAUUAAGUACUUAAUCCCGAUUCGAAGAGAUAGCUAAAACCAAGGCUGAAGACUGUUUUACUUUCAGUGUUUUUUUUUUUUUUCCCCUCCUAGUGCUAUCAUUAGUCACAUAGUGACCUUGAUUUUGUUUUAGGAGCUUAUAAGGCAUGAGACAAUUUCCAUAGAAAUAUAUUAAUUAUUGCCACAUACUCUAGUGUAGGUUUUGGUGGAUAUUUUUGUGGGUGUUUUUUUUCCCCCCUUUUUUCGGUUGGUUGGUUGGUUGGUUUUGUCGGACCCUAGGCAAAUUAUCAUAUUAGUGAAUCUGUUUAUAGUUGUAGCUUGGGACAAUUAUUAUAGUUUUUUUGGUAAAAUCUAUAUUUCUUGUUUUUUUACCAUUUUAUUUAAAUCUUGAUUAUCUGCUCUCUCUAUAUAUAUAUAUACACACACACUUACAAUGUUUUUAAUAGUGUGAUAGUGGAAUGUAUCUUUUUUUUUAUGGUUUCCAUACUUUCCAAUUUAUUUUUAAAAUGGUAGCUUUGAAUGUAUGCAUUUAAAAUACACAACUAGUAGUUUAUAUUUCACAGGUAGUUUAAAUCUGGUUGGGGCAAUCUGCAGAUGUUUGGGGUAGAUUAAUGUUCUAGAAAGGGCUAUUACUAUGGAUAGUGCUUAGAGGAGUACUUUCUGCCUUCUGGGCACACAAUAAAUAUUAUCUGAUGAAUUGGAAA